AUGAGUCAGCCACCGUCUGCUCGUACGAUUAUUUCAAUACCACUAUCUUCUAUUCUAAUGAAACAGCAAAGUAUAACAAUAUCUGAUGAACAAUCUCUCCUGUCAAAUUAUUCCUAUAGUUCAUUGUAUAAAACUGAAACAUUAAUAAAUGCUCAUUUAAAAGAAAAUUGGAAUACAUGUUUUUCAAGAAUGAUUGCAACUAGCGAACUAUUAAUCGGUUUCACUUCGCUUAUCAUCGGUAUUCUAAUUAUUGUAUUUCAAUUGACGCUGUAUCAAACGGGUCAUGCUGUUUGGACUGGUGCGACAAUAUUUAUUGCUGGAAUAUUUACAUUUUUAACGUUGUUUAAUCGUCAUCAUCAUUUUUUUCUUAUCGUCUCAUUAGUUCACAUUCUGGCAAGUCUAACAUCGACGGUAAUGAUAUUUGUUUCAAUAUUAGGUAUAAUGUUGAAGAACACAACAUUUCAACAUCUUCAAAUUGAACAACAAGUUGGUCAAGCAACGUAUAUUACGAAAAUUGAUUAUAGUAUACAUGGAACAUUGAUUGGACUAGGAUUAUUAGAAAAAAUUCUAUCUUAUACACUAAUAAUAACAAUAAUUAGGCAGACGCUUAGAAUAGUUUGA